CUCGAACUAUAAAAUGGCGUAGCAGCGUUCCAUAAGGUGGAAUCAAGCUACUGUGAUCGAUCAUCACCAAUCUCUUUCGAAGAUUCACAAUGACAAACUCGAAACCACUGAUUCUGUGCUUCUUUCUCCAAGCCAUUGUUGUUAUGGUUACAAUACCAGCAAGUCACUGCAGAAGCUUUCUUCCAAGCAAUGAAAAUCUGAUAGAGAGCACUUGCAAGAGAACACCCAACUACAAUCUCUGCCUUCAAACACUGAAGGUAAGCCCUGGAAGCUCCACAGCUGAUGUCUCGGGGCUGGCUCUUAUCAUGGUCAAAGUGAUGAAAGCCAAAGCAAACGAUGCCUUGAAAAUAAUCCAUGACUUGCAGGGGAAGGGAGCAGGACCUAAGCAGAGAAGAGCCUUGAGUUCUUGUGCCAGUAAAUACAAAGCAGUGUUGAUAGCUGAUGUUCCACAAGCCACCGAGGCUCUGCAGAAAGGAGACCCCAAGUUUGCUGAAGAUGGAGCCAAUGAUGCUGCUAAUGAGGCUACCUUUUGUGAGAGUGAUUUCUCUGGGAAUUCUCCACUCACCAAACAGAACAAUGCUAUGCACGAUGUUGCUGCUAUUACUGCUGCUAUUGUUAGAUUGCUGCUCUAGAUUUUCAACUUCCUCGAACCAGUACUUAGUUGUAUUCACUGAUUGUUGCAGAUGUCUUGGAACCUGCUCUUGCCUGUUAUGUAAAAAAAAAAGCUGGUAUCUAUUUUAAAGCUCUUAUAAUAAGUUAUAUGUAAUAAAAUCCAAGCCUCUCGUGAUUCUGAUUUGCA